AUGCUAGAAGCCAAGUUUGCAGAAGCCUCCCUUUUCAAGAGAAUCAUCGAUGGGUUCAAGGACUGUGUCUCGCUAGUGAACUUCCAGUGCAAAGAGGACGGGAUCAUUGCACAGGCUGUUGAUGACUCCCGUGUCCUGCUUGUGUCGUUGGAGAUCGGCGUGGAGGCGUUCCAGGAGUAUAGGUGUGACCACCCAGUCACGCUCGGUAUGGACUUGGGGUCCCUUUCCAAGAUUCUACGUUGUGGGAACAACUCGGAUACUUUGACUUUGAUCGCUGAUGAUAAGCCAGAUUCUAUCCUACUGCUGUUUGAGGACACGCAGAGGGAGAGGAUCGCAGAGUACUCUUUAAAACUGAUGGACAUCGACGCGGAUUUCCUGAAGAUUGAGGACCUGCAGUACGACACAACGCUCAUGAUGCCAUCGACAGAAUUCUCAAAAGUAGUCAAGGAUCUGUCCCAACUGACGGACUCCAUCAACAUCAUGGUCACGAAGGAGACCAUCAAGUUCGUCGCAGAGGGGGAGAUCGGUACUGGGUCCGUGAUUCUAAAGCCAGUCAUGGACAUGGAGAAACCAGCGGAGUCCAUCAAACUAGAGAUGGACCAACCCGUGGACUUGACAUUCGGCGCAAAGUACUUGCUGGACAUCGUCAAGGGGUCCGCCCUCUCGGAUAGAAUCGGGAUCAGACUCUCCAGCGAGGCACCAGCCCUGUUCCAGUUCGACCUGUCCUCUGGGUUCCUACAGUUCUUCUUGGCUCCAAAAUUCAACGACGAAGAGUGA